AUGGAUGAUCCGCAAAAACAAUCGUCACAGUCAACUGAAAUCAAGAAUGUUCUUCCGGAUGUCGUACAUUCUCAACAGAUAGCCGCUGUAGGCGCCGUCGAGAGCGCCGUAACACAGAUCGAUAACAGCCACAAUAUAGAAAACGAAAGCCAAAAUCAGGAUGUCCAGGAAACUAGUGAAACUGAGUCUAUUUCAGAGCACAUACCAUCCAAAGUGGAUUCUCUCUCGGUAACAGACAACGUCAAUCACACACAAUCGGAAGACUUGCUCAAAGUUGAAGGUCAUCAGGAGAAAGUGUCCAAAUCUAAUUCUCCAAACAUUCCAUUCACUUAUUCACCAUUUAGUGAGCACCCUAGUUCACCAGACCCCAGUAAGCAGAGUACAUCCUGGCCAAUUGAUGUCAAUGCUGUGUCAGACAUUCACCAUAUCAGUGAAGAGAGCCCAGUGAACUUAGCAUUAUCAUCAGAAGACUUCUCUAAAGAUGGCGAAACAAAUGAGGGUAAAUCUCAGUCAUUACCUCACACCCCAUCAGCAAAUGAUCAUGGCAAAACACCUCAAGAAUCUCCUAGAAGUGAUAAUUUUGUUGAUUCUCUAAAUGAAGAAUCUGUUCUUAAAUCUCUGGAAUCAGAAAAUGAUAAAUCUUUAGAAAAAUCUAGUAUGUCAAGGAAUCAAGACUCGCUGGAAAAAGACAGUACGGGCUCUGAGGAAAUAAUAAAAUUGGAUAUUCGAGGUCAGGGUGUUCCCAAGUUUCCAUUACCUACUGCUAAAAUCAUAUUUGGACCUCCACCAGAGGGAAGCACUGUCAUAGAUUCAAACAUAGAGCAAAUGCCAGUUUUUCCAAACUUACUUUCACCAUUUUUAGUCGGAGCAGGUGACGGAAUAAAAGUUGAAGAGGUGUUUGACUUCGAUGAACAAGAACCAAAAGAUAUUUCCUUGGACAAAUUGCUGGAAUUAUCACCAGACAAAUCCUUAGAGGUGUCUCCUGACAAAUCUAUGGAACUUUCUCUUGAUAAGCAGAGUUUUUCAAGUGAUAAGAGUGAACAGAAAGACUUGCUUGUUGAAGAGCUUACAGUUGAUGAUGUGAAGGAGAGAGAGGAUGAGAAACUGGAUGAGCCAUCGCUCGGGACACAGCCAAAGUCAAUGCCUCCUGAAGAAACCAUGUCAUUCAGUACCAUGUUCAGUACCAUGACAACGGACUACAAAACAAUAUGUGAGGAAUAUCAUGCAAAGCUUGUGCACUUCGAAGCCGCUAUCACGCAACGCGAUGAACUAAUCGAGGAACUCACGGUCUCCUUACAGCGGUCAGUGCGCGAGCGCGACGAGCUCAGGCACGAGAACGAACACCUCAGUAAUGAGGUGCUUCAGCUCCAACACUCCGUCGGGGAGCGAUCCUCCUCCGACCACGACACGGUCAAAGCUCAGCUCUCAGACUUCAUGAAGUACCAGAGCAUGCUCAAAGACGACAGCACGAAGUUCUACUCCGCUCUCAUGAGCGGCGGAUCAUCCAUACAGAGCUCGAACGGCGAAAAAGACAUGGAUCAUGAGGAAAUCACAGUCAACUACUCCAAAUCUGAUCUCCGAUCGAGUGGAUCCUCAGAAGAGUUUCAGACAGGCUUCGAAAAUAAACUUACGACGAUAAUUAGCAAGUUCGACGAGUACAUUGAGGAGAAUUUGCGGAAUAAGCUGAGAGAGAGUAUCAUUCAGAUAUUGUGUGAGGAGAUAGGGAAAAUGCGGAUCGAAUCCGACACAGAAGUUAAGGAGUUGGAGACUCAGAUGCAGCAGGACAAGCAGACGUUUACAGUGGAGACGAGGCGCCUAAGAGAGCUGCUCGCUUCAGUUAAGGCGGGAAACGCGGAUAUAGACGAACUGAGGGCAGAACUCAGCAUCAAACAUGAAAAGGAAAUGGAAAACUUACGGACCUACUUUGAGAAAAAGUGCUCAGACAUGGAGAGGAGUUAUUCAGAGGAGGUAUGGCGCGGUCGCGCGUGCUUGUCUCCAGGCGGCUCGGCAUCUUCGCUGGAGGGUUCCGCGGCGGGCGACUGCCUGCGCCGGCGCACACGCAGCGCCGAACUGCCCUCGCUGACGCUGGAGUCGACGCCACUAGAGCAAGCUGUGAAACAGACUAGUAAGAAAUACGAACAACAGCUGGAAGAACUGAGGGCAGAGCACCUGGCCUAUAUCAGUGACUUACAGGCGCGCCACGCAGAGACCGUCGCCUCCUUGGAGGAGCAGGUCACUCAGUUGAAAGCCCACAUCCAAACGUCCGAGAACACCGAAGCCAACGUGUCUGUCUACCAACAAGACAUUGAUCUUGAACUCGAAAAGAAGAGGUUCGAGGCCCGUGUGGAGCAAGUGCGCCAGGACGUCGUGCACCAGCUGCAAGAGCAGAUACAGGUGCUGCUGUCGGACCCGGACGCGGAGGUGUCGAGCUGGCCGCUGGAGCUGGUGGCGCUGCGCGACAAGAUCCACGGCGACGCGCGCCUAAACCAGGAGAAAGAGUUGUCGAGCUUACGCGACGAGUUGUCGGGCGGCGAGGACAAAUGGAAGCAGCGCCGCAACGUCAGCUUCGACCAGAACAGGCAUCUGGAGGAGGUCACUAGGGAGAGGGACGGACUGAAGCGCGUAGCGGUGAGCCUGCACCGCGUGGUGGGCCAGCUGGUGGCGUACUGUGCGUCGGCCGAGGACGAGCUCAACCGGACCGUGCUGUCGCAUCUGCUGGCUCGAGUGCUGCCCGACGCGGACGACUGGUGGAGACUGUGCGUCGGCCGAGGACGAGCUCAACCGGACCGUGCUGUCGCAUCUGCUGGCUCGAGUGCUGCCCGACGCGGACGAGUGAGUGUUGUGACGUCAUGUGUCUCUAGGGACGGACUGAAGCGCGUGGUGGGCCAGCUGGUGGAGACUGGACGGACUGAAGCGCGUGGUGGGACAGCUGGUGGAGACUGUGCGUCGGCCGAGGACGAGCUCAACCGGACCGUGCUGUCGCAUCUGCUGGCUCGAGUGCUGCCCGACGCGGACGAAACAAUUGUCGAAGAGGAAUCCCGUCCGUCCACGCCCAACUUAUCCACAGAACUCAACACCAGCCUGGUAUCCCGCGGGAAGCACGUGCACUUCGCUCCAGACCUUCACUCUAUAUUGUCCGAGCUUGAUGAGGAGAGCGUGUUAGGCUUCCUGCAGCAGCAGCGUGACGUCAGCGCCGACAUCAAGCGGGAGCUCGAGAGCUCACUGCAGCGGCUGCGGCAGGAGGCGCACGAGCUGCUGGAGCUGUCUGCGAGGCUCACGCACAAAGAGCGCAAUGAGUCUAAAAUGCUGGAGUCGGGUCAGGUCCAGAUCACAGAAUUAGUUCAGGACCUAGACACCAACCAGAAUUCCUGUGAUAAUUGCGAGCUGCAUAGAAAGAACAUGGAAGAAGCGAUGGCAGAGUGCCUGCAACGUGAAAAUUUGCUCCGGUCCGAUCUGGAAGGAGCCAUGAUCAAGAUCGCUCACCUCAUGACGAGCAACGAAAGGCAUUCUUCUGAUCUUAUCGCAGAAGGAUACGGCACCGGACAGCAGCUGCAGGCAGCUCUGUCAUCCGCUCGCAUGUCACCGCGGCCGCGUUCGUGUCAUACACCCGGGACUAUGUCAUUAGACGGCUGCUCGUCGCCGCGUGCGCAUGUGUCGCGCUUAGCACAGGACCUCGAGAUGCUGCAUAAGGAGCGCGAUGACUUACAGCAGCAGCUCGAGGCGGCCAACCGUCAGCUCCGCUCCACGCGGCAGUUCGUAGAGGAGCAGGCAAGCGAGCGCGAAGCGGAGCGCGACGAGUUCGCCAAGCGGCUAGCGGAUCUCCGCGAGGAGAAUGCUCGCCUCGCCACGCGCUUGCAGAACAACGCCAGGAUACUCAACGAGGUGGAGCAACUAGAAGCCCAAACGCGAGAGAUGAACCAAAUCAUCAAUGAACUGGAAACCCGCAAAGCUGCGUCUGACGAAGAGCUCAAAGCGACGGAAGAAAAAAUCAUCCUACUCCGAGACAUAAUAGCCAACCUUGAAAGUCAACUGGAGCAGAAAACAACUCAUGAGACAGAAAUAUUGGAUGAGCUGGAUACUAUGAAGAAGACGAUAGAAGAGCGAGAUAGCAAAAUGAGGUCGUUGCUGGGGGAACUAGAGUCGUUGAGGAGUGAGAGACUGGAGCAGACUGACGUGACUUGCGUCAAGUGCGGGUCUGAGGAAGACAAGUACAGCGAGCUGAUGGACAAAGUAAAGGAGCAGUGUCGCUGGCUGGAGGAGAGGAUCCACCGGCGCACGGCGCGGCUGGAGCGCAUCCACGAGGUGUGCUCGACCUCGUGCAGCGAGCCCAGCGAGGACGUGUCGCUGAGGGACCAGAGGGACGUAGAGGUGAAGUCUCCUGAAAGCCCGCCAACGCCCCGCAACGAGAACCUCGUAGAACUGCUGGGCAUAUGGGAGAGUUUGGAGGCACACUCGCGCGCGGAAGACGCGGCGCUCAAGCGCGUGCGCGAUCUUGAGAUGCAGCGCGCACAGCUGAAGGAUGUCGCACAGAACACCACAUUGGGGUGGAUCGUUUCGGGUGUAGUUGACACUGGCAAUGUUACGGAAAAGAAUAACAAAUCUAAGGUCAUUUCAAGAAAUAUAACUGUCAUGCACGCACAAGUAAAUGAGGACGACAUUUUAAGGAAGUUUUGGGAAAUUGAAGAACAACUACCUGAUAAACGGACUAUCCUAACCGAAGAAGAACAACGCUGUGAGGACUUCUUUACAAGUACCACAGUGAGAACACCCGAAGGUCGUUACAUUGUGAGGUUACCAUUUCGUGAAGAUCAACCGCAAUGCACGAAUCACGGGUCUAGAGAUAUCGCAGAAGCUAGAUUUAGAUCUUUGGAAAAAAGAUUCGCAAAGGACAAACACCUAAAAGAAAAGUACACAGAAGUAAUAAAUGAAUAUCUAACUUUAGACCACAUGAGGCCAGCCAAUGAGAACAUAAAGGAAAAUGAAGCAACUUAUUUACCACAUCACGCUGUUGUACGAGAUGAUAAAACGACAACAAAGGUUCGAGUGGUAUUUAAUGCCUCAGAGAAGAACAAGAAGGGCGUAUCAUUAAAUGAUACUCUUAUGAUUGGCCCCACCAUACAAGCGGACCUUCGCCAUACUGUGAUGCGAUGGAGAGAACACCCGAUUGCUUUAGUAGCGGACAUCGUCAAAAUGUAUCGCCAGGUUUUAGUAGCAGAGGAAGACGUGAAGUACCAACGUAUCCUGUGGCGCGACGAACCUGAAAAACAAAUAAAGGAAUAUGAAUUACUGACAGUUACUUUUGGAACAGCAUCGGCGCCUUACCUUGCGGUCAGAGUGUUGCAGCAAAUCGCCAUGGACGAAGGCCAAGAAGUUCCUCAAGCUGCUGAAAGGAUUCUACAGAGCUUUUAUAUGGACGAUCUGAUGACUGGUUGUUCAAGCGCCGAAGAAGGUGUAGAGCUCUAUAAUCAGUUAAGCAAAAUAUUAGAAAAGGGCGGAUUUAAAUUACAAAAGUGGAACAGUAAUGAUAAAACGUUAGUUGAAACUAUCAAGGAGAUGGAAAGGGAAAGUGACGGGUUAGUGACGGAGGAGGUGAUAGAAGGAAUUAAGGACAGUAAUAAUACACAAGAAACAGAACUAAAGCUCAAAUUAGACCAAACAGUAAAAAUAUUAGGACUUACCUGGAACCGCGACGACGACUUCCUGCAGUACUCGGAGGUGCGCGCCGAGCGCGAUGUGCUUCAAGCGCGCAUGUCGGAGCAGGCGCUGAAGAUCUCGUCGCUGUCGGCGCGCCUGCAGCAGCAGCGCAACGACGCCGAGGCGCUCGCGCACCACGCCUCCUCCCAGCUGUCCGUCCAGCUGCACGACGCGCGAGCAGAGGUCCAGAAGUUAAAAGAAGAUCUAGAAUCGAAAGACAAACAGCUGCAUCGACUCAAACAGAAUUUAGACGAAAAAGACAAGUUGAACGAGCAACAUCAAUCGUUGUAUGGAAACUCAUGCAAUCCCAAAGACAAAGUGGUGAUUCUGGAGCGCGAACUGUCAUCGGCGCAAACUCGCAUUGCUCAACUAGAAGCCAUCGCGCGCGGCCUCGAAGCUGAUAAAGAUGAGUUAAACUCGGCCCUGCGCGACCACCAGAGGGCGCUGGCCGAGAAGGAGGAGCAGCUGCAGGAACUCUUGGCGCUGAAACUGGACGAUGACAACCAAAGGGAGAAAAGCGAGGACGGAGGGAAAGCGUCCGCUCGCACGCUCAGCGAUAUCGUGUCGAUAUCGGAGUUCGACGAGCAGGACUUGCAAAUGAGGCGAGCGGAGCUCAAAGGUCACAAUACGAGUCUGACGGGCGCGCCGCAUGCGUCUGACUCGAGAGACAAAAUGCUAAACAGGACGCUGCCCCCGGAACUGUCUCGUCCGAACAUGAGCUCCCUCAAUAUCGAGUACAUCGACAGUCUGGACGCGCCGCAUGGCACUCCCCGCGCCGAUUCAUUGCCCGCGCACCUCACCUCUACUCAAAACAAGGAUAGAUACAAACGCAACGUCAACGAAACCAUGAUGUUCGGCACCCUUGACAAGUUCGGCGAGAGCGUCAAGCACUCCACCGCUCAGAACAUCCCCGACAAUUGCUCCAUGUACCCCAAUAGAGACGUCAGCGACAGUAAAGACCACAGCGUCGAACCCAAGAAGAUCAACUUCUCCGUUGAACCCUCCCACGACAACAGAACGCACGACGAGGAGGAAUUCACGUCGCUCAGAGAAUUAGGAAUCAGCUUGGACAUCCGGCAGGAGAAUUUCCCGGACAUUUUGACUCAGUUGAAACACGAAAUCAAAAAGUCCCGAGCGGAGUUGGAGAUUUGCAAAUCUGAGCUGAAAAAUGCCGAGGAGCAGCUCUGUGAGUUCCCAGCUUUGAAAGAGGAAGUGGAAGAGUUGAAGGGGCUAUUGGAGAACACGAUGGCCACCAUGGAGACAGAUAAGAAGUUCUAUGAGAAUCAACUGGAAAACUUCUCAUCGAACAAAAAGUUGCUGGAACAACGAUUGACCGAAUUGACUCAGGAGGUCGGGGAGAAAUCUAAGGAUUUACAUUUGCUCAAAGAAGAUAUUUUAAGAAGGGAGAAUAUGAUUCUCGAACUCGCAAAGGAGAAGCGUAAUUUGACAAACAAAAUGACUGAACUCGAAGUUAAAAUUGACGAACUGCAGAGCAGAAACAAUGUAUUAGAAAAGUGUGAAACGGAAAAUCACCAACUGAGAGAGAAAUUGCAGGAAAUGCAAAAACUGGAACAACUAGUUUCCGAGAAAAACCACCAAAUAGACUCUUUAAAUCAACAUUUAGAUAGGUUAGAUGAUUUGCAAAGGUGUCUUAAUGACAAAACCGAAGAAUUAGAAAACUUGAAAGAAGCCUUAGAAGAGAAAUCUAGCGAGGUCUUCCAAAUGCAAGAUACAGUGGAGGCUUUAAAUCGAGACAUCGCCAAGCUCAACGAGCAUAAUAACCAACUCAAUGACAGCAACAAAGAAUUAAAACUAAAACUUAGUAAACUAGAAAAGGAGCAAGAGAAUGCUUCUUUAAAACUACAAAGUAGCGAGAGUGAGUUAGAAAGAGCUAACUCCCUAAAUAAUGAAUUGACAUCAAAAAUUGAUGAGCUCAAAUUGUUGACUGACAAAUUAAAAGACAAAGAAACUGAAAUCGAGAUCUUACAUGAGGACAUAAAUGCUUUCCACGAGGAGAUAGCGUCGUUGAAGGAACAAAUGAAGAUGGUUUCGCGGAGUCCCUCGCCCCGGAGUAAGAAUGGCGACGACAAGAAAGUGGCCGACCGGCAGGCGAGCAAUGAUAAGAAGCAGCUCGUCAAGAUCAGGAAGCAAAUAUCGCUGCUGCAACACGAAUUGGAUUUUAACAAGAAGGAAUUAAAUGACAAGAAUCAGAUAACAAAAAACAAGUACAAGUUAGAACCAAAAUUGGCCACCGCUCAGCAUGUGUCAUGCUCUGGAGUGGCCUUCGAACUAGCAAAAGCGAAGCUGGACGUGACGGAGCUCCGCAACAACCUGGGCCAGGCCGCCGGCGCCGCCGCCGACAAGGAGCUGGCCACGGCGCGCUUGCAGCACGACCUGCAGACCCUGGCUGCGGAGAAGGAGCAGCUGGCUGAACAGCUCAUGAACGUGUCUGCCAGAAUAAGAGAAGAGUCAAACACGUCAGAAUUAAAGGCGAAGCUGCGCGAAAAGACUGAAAGAUGCCAAGAACUGGAGAAUGAACUACAGGACAUGAAGGAGCUUGUUGACAGGUUACGAGAAGCCGAAGCGAACGAAGCGCUGCAGCAGCAUUCCUCGCGCGCGCUGGUGGUGAGCGGCAGCCGCUCGCCCACCGCCGAGCUGGAGCGCGCGCUGCGGGACCAGCUCAACUACUCGCACUCGCUCGACGACGACAUCUGCGAGCAGGUGAGCGAGCGAAGCGUGCAGCAGCAGCGAGCGAAGCGUGCAGCAGCAGUAGCGAGCGCUGGUGGUGGCACCGCCGAGCUGGAGCGCGCGCUGCGGGACCAGCUCAACUACUCGCACUCGCUCGACGACGACAUCUGCGAGCAGGUGAGCGAGCGAAGCGUGCAGCAGCAGCGAGCGAAGCGUGAGCGAGCGAAGCGUGCAGCAGCAGCGAGCGAAGCGUGCAGCAGCAGCGAGCGAAGCGUGCAGCAGCAGCGAGCGAAGCGUGCAGCAGCAGUAGCGAGCGCUGGUGGUGGCACCGCCGAGCUGGAGCGUGCGCUGCGGGACCAGCUCAACUACUCGCACUCGCUCGACGACGACAUCUGCGAGCAGAUCCUAUCGGCGAGCAGCGACGACCGCGAAGACAUUCCGCGCCUCGCUUUGAACAUAUCAAAGUCCUCGUCGUCGAUCCACUCGUCCUCGUCGGAGCGGCUCCACCGACUGCGGGCGGACAACGACAAGCUGCAGGUGCAGGUCAACAACCUCGAGCUGCGGCUGCGGGACAAGGACGCGCUCAUCACAGAGCUCAACAGGAUCCGCGACAAGCUGUCCAACGACUGGCAGACGAGCAAGCUGCGCUACGAGGCCGAGCGCGAUAACGUGGGCCGUCUGCAACUACUGCUACACACGCACAAGGAAACCGCCGAGAGUUUACAGAACCAAGACUCCAACAUGAUCCAGAUACUAAAGAAGCGGCUGGAAAGCGCGAUGCAGUCCGAAGUGGAUCUACAGCAACAGCUGCAGCACGCGCGGACCAGGGUGGCUCACCUGGAGCGGCAGUUGUUGGCCAACGAUGCUGGUGGUGAUGACGCGGUUAAAGCACAGCUGCAGCAUGAGCUGGACAACAACGAGCGGCUUCGCGGCGAGAUCUCUGUCCUCAAGUCCAAGCUGGAGCUGGAGCGCGGGCGCGUGGCCGACGCGCGCGCGUCGCUCGAGCACGUGCGCGCGCGCGGGAACAAGGAGCUGGACGCCGCGCGCGAACACGCCACCGCCGUCAAGAAUGAGCUCGCUGAUGCUAAGAGAUUAAAACAUGAAGCGAGUGUCGAGUUAUUACGAGCAAAAGAACUACUCAACAUCCAGAGUGACACAAUUACUGAGCUGGAGAAGAAGUUGAUGACUUCGGCCAAACAGCGACCGAUGGCUGAUACACUAACCGAGAUAGAAACCCACAAGAGCGAACUAUCUCGCGAGAUCGCCGCGCUCAAGAAGUGCCUCGCCGACGCGCCGCAGCUACAAGCCGUCCGCGCCGAGCGGGACAUGUUGCAAGCCAAGCUGCAACAACAACAGCAGUUGCAACAACAGCAGUUGCAGCAACAACAACAACCGGACGAGCGGGACCAGGCCGUGCGCUACUUGCACGGACGCUGCGUGCGUCUGGAGAGCUGCCGCAAGGCGCUGGUGUGGCAGAAGCGCUACCUGCAGCGAGUGCUGGCGGGCUACGCCGAGCUGGAGCGCUCGCUGCGCCUGCCCGAGCCCCGGCCCAGCCCCGGCCUCAAGCGGUUCAAGUGCGCGGCGCUGGCGGUGGUGGUGACGCUUCGCAUGGCGUUCCUGGUGCGGCGCCGCUCGCACGCGCGCGCCGCCUCUGCUGCCGUGCUGCGACAUCCAGAUUCCGUCAGGAAUACCACCAGCCACAACGCGUCGGCGUCGCCCGCGCCGCGCCCGCUCGCGCCCCGGCCCGCGCUGCGGCGAGACUUGCGGCUACACCUGCCCGCCUCUCCCAACAUGGAUGACUUCGUUAGAAGAUCGCCUUACAACGUCAACUUGUCACACAACGAUCCCUUUAUACUAAGCUCCCCGCGCGGCGAGGCGGCGGCGGCCUACCUCAGCAAGCUGGAACUCGUGAGCCGCUGCCUCAACCACGCCGUGGACGCCUCGCGCGACGCGCCGUGACGUCACGCGCACGUCACGUAACCGCGGCAUGGCAUGACUACUGGUAACGGGUCUGGUUCCGAAAUUCGUUGCUACUAGUUCAUCGCUUUUUCUUUUAAUUAAAGAAAAUAAAGGCGAAACUCGUAGAUUAUUUGAAACAGGAUUUCAAUAAUCACGUAAGAUAAUCUUUAGUCUCACUUUUAAUUAUGUGUUUCCAUUAUCCAGAGAGAGAACUACGUUUACUAACAGAGUAGCUAGCUGUACGGAAUCAGACUCGAUGAAUCUCAAUUUUCUGAGUUUCAUAGAUUAUUUACUCUUAUCACGCGAGACUACUCGUUUAUGAUCACAAAUUUUGGUAUGAACUUUAUUUUGAAUGAUUAUUAUAUUGUAAGCUCCAUGUACACAGAGCCUUUUGAUAUCGAUGUAUGAUGCGCCGCGGCGCGAGAAUGAUUCUGAUUGCAUUUCGUUCGAUUCAUGCAUUUCCUGACGAUUGGCCGUUAGAUAGUAUUAGCAUAGUGCCAAAAUUGAGUAUAUUAGUUAAUUGUGUUACUUAAUUUAUUUAUUAGUUCGAAUUAAGGUUAAAUUUAAGUCGGAGUACCCAAUUCCAUGUUUUUGUUUUUUACGGUUGUUGCCACUCCGCCUAUUUGUUUUUUGUUCUUUAUUUUUGAAUGUCUGUGCCGGAUACAUGUAGUGCUGUAUGUGAUGUUAAGGCCCCUAGAUGUAAAUUUUAGUAUUCUAGCCCUAAUGUGUCGUCCGACCUUGCCUUAUAUUCAAUAUAAAACCGAACCCCUCGAUGUAGUUAAAGUUAGAUGUAUUUUUGUCAAUAAUUUAUUUUUUGUACAGAAAUAAUGUGAACAGAACCUUUUGAAUGAGAAAUUUUAUAGUACCUAUUGUAUGUAAGAUUAGUUUAUUUUUCGUAUCAAUAGUUGAGGUCUACGUUUAAUUCUAUGACAAUUAUCGAUAUCUCAUGCAUUGUUAACAUUUGAAAUAAAAUUAUGCACAAUACAAACGUAAAACUCUGCCAAAGUUUUGUACAUGGAAUGUAAUCAUGUAGCCUUUUUAAACUUUUAUAUUUUAUGACUAGUUAAUGUAGCACAUAAUUUUUAUAGCACAUUAGUGUUUAAAUAAAUUUCACUCAACUAUUGACACGAUAUUAGCAUUAUGUCCACUGGGCGCGACAGUCCGCACCGUUGCCAUUUCAUAGCUUAGAGAUAGCUCAAGGGUGGGCCCGAUGUAAUAUCGAAUGAUGAUUAAAAUUUGUAAAUUAUUCAUAUUGUUAUUAACGACAAAUAUUGACUCUGUGGUUUCCGUUUUGGUAUCGUUAGGGUUUCGUGGUCCAAGGAUCAUAUUUGCUCACAAAAGUGGUAUUAUUUAUUGUAUAUCUAUUUGAAAGGCCCACCCACAUUCGUCGUGUACAGUAUUUAAGCAGUCGGACGCGAGAGUACAAGUUAGAGUAAGUUAGUUAAGGGACCGCGAUACGACUAGUUUCGAUCGAAAACUCGAACAUUCUACGGCGUCUGCGCAGCUGGUCACGUGAACUGUACCAAAUAUGUCACCCCACCGAAGCUGGUCUUCACAAAUGAACGAAUUAACAUUAUUUAUUUGAAAACGUGGAAAAAUACGCAAAUCUCCACUGUUUUUCACUAGGUGAUAUGAGCUCGUCUCUUACACCCUGUAUUUAAUUUAAUAGAAACUUAAACACUUAUUAUUAUAAAGACAUGAUCAGCUGUGCAGAUGGCUUAUUUGCUUGGAAAGCCGUUGACGUUAUCCACGAACAUUUUGACAUAAAUUAUAUAUAUAUAUAACAUGUGAUAAAUUAAAUUUCAACUUAGAACGUAUUUUUUACUAAGUGACUGAAUAGUGACAUCGAAUACAAAUACUCGGUUUAGAUGCAUCGGUCUAGAAAUAUUCAUAUAU